AUGACUCCACUGGCUUUUGGUCUGCGGUCGUUGAUCACGGAUCUCGUGGUUGCCCAAGAACAAAGCCGUGUCACCGCGUGGGCGAGCUACUCGACAUCAGUGUCUAACAUUCUCAGCCUGUGGGCGGGCAGUUUUAAUCUGCCCCAGGUGCUCCGAGUGUCCUCCCUGACACAGUUUCAGACUCUGAGCAUCAUCUCCUGUCUCAGCCUGACGGCCACAAUCUCGAUCUGCCUGCGCACGGCACGGGAACGCAAUCCCAACUUCGACACGACUGUGACGGAGCACAGACAGCCGCUUGGGCUUAGGUCUGCUCUCCGCUCCAUCCGGCAGGCUUACCACUGUACCCCGACGCGGAUCAAGCAAGUUUUUGCCGUACAGGUCUUCUCUUGGACGGCAUGGUUUCCUUUUCUAUUCUACAUGACCAGUUACGUGAACACAAGAUAUGCGCUCUCCCAGCUACAGUCUUUCCACGGGUGGAAGGACGUGGCCACUCUGCUAAAAUCCCCGGCGACCCAAGUUGGCUCCACGGCGCUUCUGAUGUGGACCCUGGUGGCGUUUCUGUCGACCACGAUCCUGACCCGUGUCGUCUGCCAGCCUUGUAUAACCACAGCGCUCAAGGAAGAUGUCGCAACGACAGACCCCGCGUUGUGCUCGAUGCACACGGUCUGGAUCUACAGCCACGUCCUCUUCGCGGCCUGCAUGCUGCUGACCCUGGUGGUCAAGUCAUGGCAAGGCACCGUAGUCCUGGUGUCUCUGGUCGGUUGCUCCUGGGCAGCGACGCAGUGGAUUCCACACGCCAUCGUCGGCGCAGAAAUCUCGCCCAGGGGAAAGGACUACAGCCAUUACGACGUGGAUGCUGACGCUGACGAGGUCGAUGAGCUCCGCAAACACCGCGGCGCCAUUCUCGGCCUCCACAAUCUGGCCAUCUCCACGCCCCAGAUCGUCGCCGCGCUGGCCAGCAGUGGGAUCAUGCGGGUUAUGACCGAGAUGGGAAGCGUCGAGCCCGCCGUCUGGACUCUGCGGGCGGCGUCCGUGCCGGCCAUGAUUGCGGCGACGCUGGCAUGUCGACUGGGGGAGUUCUAG